CAGAACUUCCAGCUUUUCUGCUGCAGUCUUGUGUGGAGAGUCCUGCUGCCAGGAAACCUGACAUCUAUGCUGACUCUGUCACAAAUAAAAUAUUAUUAGCUUAAGCUGCCUUGCAACCACAGCUAUUUAUCUGCACUAGCUUUGCUCUGAGCAGCAGGCAAAGAGGAACCCACAACAAACAACUCAAAAAAAGAGGAAAAAUAUAUCAAAUUAACAUCCAAAUGUUCCUGUUUUUAUCCGGAUUUACACGUGUUGUUCCGUAAACUGUGAUAUCACUUAAUCUGGUGGGAUUACAAACUUUUUUCCGUGUGUUACCUGUACACAAGAAGCGGCACCUGAGGCGUUUGCAGACAAGGUGGGACGUUCUGCCUCGUGAGCUCCCCGCGCGCGCGCUCCCUCCAGCACACUUCAAUUAAUUCGGCCGCCGAGCGACACAAGGAAGGCAUGCUCUGCCAAAGCAGCGAGGAGCAGCUCCGAAUAUGCACAACCACCAAAUGACACUCAGCACUCGCGGUCAUUUUUAACUCGUCCGCAGCUGAAAUUGAUUAUUUGAAGCGCAAAAUCUGUCGCCGUUUGUUAAAACCUCAACUCCUUUUUUUUUUUUUUUUUUUUUUUUUUUUUUUUAAACACCAGCCGUCGCCAGUCACUCAGCGGCCGGGGACUCACGCUGGAAAAUGAGGUUGGGAAGUAUUGUCUUAUUUGUGGCUUUUUGUUCCUUUACCGCGUAUUAUAUUUACGAGCCAAUUCCUGAAGACAUUGAGGAGAGAUGGAAACUCAUGCUGGCCAACUCUUUCUUCAGAACAGUCAGUCACCUGACCUCUGUGAAUUACUGGGCCUGAAGGACUACAUGGGGGUAAUGUACGUCAUUACUCUGGUAGAAAAGGUGGUUCCGGUGUCUGAUGAGCAUGUGAAGGUGACAGAAGAAACCUUUGAUGGAGUGGAUGUGGUGCUGUACCAGCCCAUUGUCCAGGAGUCUGAGCCUAACCUCAGGAGAGCUGUCAUUUACCUGCACGGUGGAGGAUGGUGUCUGGGGAGUCCGCGAAUGAGUCCAUAUGAUCUUCUGGCCAGGAAAAUUGUCACUGAACUAGAUGCAGUAGUUCUGUCUGUGGAUUACAGACUUGCUCCUCCUCAUCACUUUCCCAUUCCGUAUGAGGACGUGUAUCGUGUGGUCAAACACUUCUUCCGUAAAGAAGUGCUGGCCCAGUACUCUGUGGAUCCCGGGCGAGUGGCUGUGUCUGGAGACAGCGCUGGAGGAAACCUGGCAGCUGCAGUCUCCCAGCAGUUACGAAAAGAGCCCGGACAGCAGAUCAAGUUAAAGGCUCAAGCACUCAUCUACCCCGUGCUGCAGGCCCUGGACCUCUACACGCCGUCCUACCAGCAGAACCAGAACAUGCCCAUUCUGCCGCGCACUCUGAUGGUUCGAUUCUGGAGCGAGUACUUCACCACUGACAAGGCCUUGUUCAGAGCCAUGAUGGCCAACACCCACAACAGCCCAGAGUCUUCCAUCCUGCUGAAGUUUGUCAACUGGAGCGCCUUUUUACCAGAAACUUAUCAUAAAAAGUACAACUACAGCGCUCCUGCCGUAUCGCAGGGAGCAGAAGGGGAGGCAGCCGGCGUGGAUGAACCGUCUCGAUCUUUUGCCGACCCGAGGGCAUCGCCUUUGCUGGUUCCAGAUGCAGACUUGCGAUUUCUGCCCAAGGCCUACAUUCUGACAUGUGAGUAUGACGUCCUCAGAGAUGAUGGAAUCAUGUACGCCACGCGGCUGCGCGCCGCGGGCGUCGAAGUAACGCACGAACACUACACCUCGGGGUUUCACGGAGCAGUGAUGUUCACCGUUUGGCCAACUGACUUCCUGAUUGCACGUCGCAUGAUAAGCAACUACAUCAAGUGGCUCAUGGAGAAUUUGUAAGAGGAGAGACACAAAAACAAUCACUUGACUGUGCAAAUGUAUUCCAUUUUCUCCAUAUAAUGCACUGUUUGUUUAUGAGCAUAUGCUGCAAAUGUGGUAUCGAACUUUUCUUGGUGCAUUUAGUUCAGCUUUGUUUAAAUUCAACAAACGGAUUUAAUUUACUUUGCUACACAAGAAUAACCUGGUAAUAGUGUUUGAAGAGGAAUUACACAUUUAAUCAACACUGUUAUGAUUCUAAUAGACAUGUCUGCUGUAUACAUGGAACUAAAAGAUGUACAGCACCAUGGGAUGGCUUUUUCUAUCCACUUUGGCACUCGUAAAUGUUUCCUGUCACCAGACCUGUAAUAUGAUCUUGUGUCUGCUGCAUCAAUGCUUGUAGUAGAAGUUAAACAUACCACUGCAAGUGGAGUAGCCGAGUAACACUUUUUUAUUUCAAAAGAUUUCAAGUUACCAUCAGUUGUUAUCAACAUAUCAUCACAGAAGUCUUAUUUCCUUAACUCACAUGAAAUACUCUUUUUUUCAGUUUUAUAUUUAAAGAUUUUCUUUUGAAAUCUAUACACAAGUAGAAAAAUAAUUAUAACUGCAAAUAUUUGGCACUUUAAUCACAAAAAAUAUCUCACCAAGUCAUCUACGGAAAGAUGACACCAAGUCAUCUUAUUCCUGCUUUCCACUUAAAAAAUAUUCUAAAUUUACAAAUGCGAAUGUUGCCGUUACAGUUUAUUGUCCGGAUUUCACACGCCUAGAAAAACGUUUCCGAUUAAUUCUAACGUGGUGGUAAUAAAAUGGUAUAUAACAACUCACCAAAGAGACAGUUUUGUGGAAAAAAAGAAAAUACAUUUACAGUUUCUGAUAGAGUAUUUGAUGUAUUUUAAAACAUUGUGCAUGAUGUGUUUAUAUUUUAGCCCCUAUUUAUACAGUGUAAUUCAGACAUAGUUGUAUGCAUAACAGCUGCUUUAAAUGUGGUGACAGAAUACAUGCUUUCAUUGGGGAACAAAUAUAAGUGCAAUCAUUUUCAUGUUAGAGUUCGUCUGAUUUGAAUGUAGACCUGGCACUGAGGUAUGCAAAUACAAUACUGGGCUGGGUUAAAUAAACAUGAUUUAUAAUUUUUGGAUGAUAAAAUGGGGAAGAAAAAUGUUUCAUGACCCCCCCCCCCCUUUUUUUUUUACUGUUUUUAAUCUCAGCAUGAAAUAUUUAAGUUUGAGUGAAGUUGAGUGAUUUUUAUUUUAUUUUUUGCAUUAACAUGCAACAUUGGUUUCAGUGCACAAAAAAUAAAUUAACUAAAUUAAAGUCUGCAAAUCUGAAUCAAAAUAACUCCUGAUAAUAAUAAAGAGAGUAACCAAUGAAAGACCAAGUGCCAGUCAAAUCCCUCAUGAUUUUUGUAGUUCCUCACAAAGUUCAGAUGAGAAACUGGUAAUUUGACUUAUUAAUGACUUUAUUCUAUUGUGAAUUAGUAUUUACUUCCUCAUGUAUGCUCUAAUAUAACAGAAACAAUCUAUCACUUUAUUGCUGCACUCUGUCCUGUUUUAAUUUUAUUUUUUGUUUAAAGGUGACUGAUAUUUGCCAGAAUUAAGCCAUCUUUGAACUAAAAUGCACUGAGCGAUUCUGGACCAGCCCAAAUGACCAAAAUCAGUCUUGUGUAAAAUUUCUUCAGAUAUUUUAACUUGUGAGUUUUGUUUGUAAAACUUGUCAGGAAAUUUGGGAUGAUGAUCAAUUGAUCACUAUAUUUUAAAGAAAAUGAGAAUUACUCAAUAAUUUCCCUUAAAACCAGAAAAUGUAUCAGGUUGAGAGGUUUAGCACAAGUCUCACGAGGAUGAGACUCUAUCUACUGCUAUCUCAGAAUAAAAAGAAUAUAGGAAAGGAUGAACAUUGAUAUAAGUCUCAGAUUUUGGUCUUUUAAUUUAAAUGCCACAUUUAAAGCUUUUUAGUCAACAUCAUAUAAGUAUAAUGGUGCAACAAAGCAUGUAAGAUUUUCUACAAACUUUAUUGAUCAUGUUUGCCCAAACAGUCCAACAUCCUGAACUGUACAUAUUACUUUUUAGUUUUGUCCUGAAUUCUGAAGUGUAAUUUCAAUAUUUUACAUUUUAAUUCUAUAUACAAAUAAACAAUUUUAUCUUUCUCUGCGUAUUGUCUGUUUGUUGCAAUCCUUUAUCAGUAAUUUAU